AUGAAAACCAGCUUCGUGCUCAAGGGUAUUAGUGCCCUCUUGAGCAUCACUGGCGUCGCCGCAGCUCCUGCUACGAAUAGUAAAAAUAACGAUAAAGCUUGCUUAUCUGGCCCAAAGCCCAGGGUAUCCGUCAAACAGGUCUCCAACUUUUGCGAGACGACAUCCGGAGUCAAGUCGUACAGCGGAUACGUCACGCUUCCACCUAGUACAAACUAUCCCUUCGAGCAGAAUAUCUUCUUUUGGCUUUUUGAAUCACGGAGCCGGCCCAAGUCCGACCCCUUGACUGUCUGGAUCAACGGCGGGCCCGGCUCGCCCUCGACCGAUCAGGCUCUCGGUAGCAACGGCCCCUGCCGUGUGCAGCCCGACUCAAAGACGACGAAGCUCAACGCCGACUCAUGGAAUAAUAAGGCUAAUUUGCUGUACAUCGACCAGCCGGUACAGACGGGAUUCAGUUACAAUAACGUAACGCCCGGUCGCCUGGGUUUGAUCGGUGGAUUCGUAUACCCUGAAGGCACUUCGGUUCCUGAGUAUGAGACCGUUCUUUUCAAUGGCAGUUUCUCGACCCAGGACCCAAGCCAGACGCUGAACACCACGCAGAGUAUUGCGCGGGUUCUGUGGGACUUCAUGCAAGUCUGGCAGGGAGAGAAAAAACUGAAAGACUACGUCCGGCCUAGUAUCAACCUCUGGUCACAGUCAUACGGUGGUCACUACGUGCCUGCCAUUGCGACCUACUUUGAAGCGCAGUCUAAACUUGCGACGGCCGGCAAGCUGCCACCCAAUCCUCGUAUUUGCUCUCGCGCCAAGUCUAUCCGCAUCGCCACCGUCGGCAUUAUUGCCCCUUUCAUCGACAUCGUCGGUCAAUUUGCUGACCUAGAAUUCGCCUUGAAUAAUACCUAUGGCAUUGAGAUAUUCGAUCCAGCUACCGUGGACAACCUGGUCGAGCAGGCCGAGGCUCCUGGUGGCUGCUUCGAUCUGAUCGAUGACUGUCGCAACAUCACCAACAGGCUCGACCCCGAAGGCUGGGGGAACGCUCCCGAAGUCUACCCAGUCUGCAAUAAUGCCUUCUUCACGUGCUAUCAACUGAUCGAGAGCCGAUACGAGGCCACAGGCCGCGAUUCCUUCGACAUCACCCAGCCAGCAGCCGCCCAGUUCCCUCCCCCCUAUGCUUAUGGUUUCCUCAACCGCCAAAACACGCAGUCCCGCCUCGGCGUGCCCGUGAACUAUACCGCCUUCUCACCGAGCAUCCAAUAUCCCUUCUUCGCCACAGGCGACUUUCUCCUGUCGUUCGCGCCUCACGUCGAGCGCCUCCUCGCCGCCGACAUACCCGUCCACCUUAUCCACGGCGACCGUGACUGGCGCGCAAACUGGAUCGGCGGCGAGGCAGUAGCCCUCGCGCUCGCCCACCGCAACCGCGCCCGCUUUGCCGCCGCCGGCUACGCCCCGCUCUCCGUGCCCGGUGUGCCCGCCGGCAAGGCAGGCCACGUUCGUCAGGCCGGCCGUCUCAGCUUCUCCGUUGUCACCAACGCAGGGCACGAGAUCCCGUACUACCAACCCACGACCGCCUACACCAUCUACCAGCGUGCCAUCGAGGGCAGGGAUGUCGCGACUGGUAAGAAGGCUAUUGGCAACGGGGACAAGUACGCAACGAGCGGGCCAAAGGACAUUCGGGGCGCGCGCACGCCGCUACCCCCCAAGGCGCCCGUGUUCUGCUACACCGCCAGCACGCCCAUCGUGCGGGGCCAGUGUACAGAUGCGCAGAUUGCGGCGCUGGCGGACGGCACGGCCGUCGUGAAGGACUUUGUCGUCGUGCAGCCUGCGUGGAGCGGGUAG